AUGUGCGGCCAAUUCGUGUGGCCAUGCCCCCGCGAAUUUCCUGCCGAUCCAGCAGUCCGCAAAGCUCGCAACUUUACCAUCCCUGAAGACAUGAGCAAGGAAACCCUUGGCCAAACUUUCAAGGCUGUGCUGGCCAAACACAACCAGUUCGUGAACCUGGACAGCCUUCAUAUCCUCGUUGAACCCCACAAAAAGUUCAAUGCCGCGACGGGUCUCCGUGCCAGGCACUACCACAUCAUUUUCCGUUUCAAGGCCGUUUUCGCGCACUUGCAGAUUGCGAAGUCCCUUCAUGAGAAGGAUGCCUGGCUUCUUGCAAAGAAGCGCAAAUUGGCAGUCGAUGAUCUCCUUUUCAACACCCUCGGAGCCUGGAGUGAUGUGACCAGUUUGGUUGCCAAGGUUAUCCUUACGCGGAACUGUGAAGGCAUGCCAACUGGCACACUUAUGUUCCAUGCCAACUUCGCCCUACAACAGUUCCUUUCGCUGGACGCCAUUGAUCUGGAACUUCCGCGGUGGGUGUCUGAGGGUCACCUUUCGAGGGCUCUGGUUCUCCAGGGCGAUGGAGGUCUAGGCAAAAUGGAGUUGGCAUGCGCAAUCAUGGCUAUCAUAUGCAAAGACAAAGGCUUUCAUUUCGUGAACAAGCUGGAUCGACUGCGAGAUGCAACCUUCCUGCCCCAUCAAGGUCUCGUUGUGGAUGAACUCUGCUUGCACAAUCGGGAUAUUGAUGAUGUCAAGGGUCUGCUAGAUCUCGCAAAGCACAGGGAUGUACAGUGCCGCAACAAGGAUGGCCGCAUCCCAGUACGCUGCCCUCGCAUCUUCAGUGCGAAUUGGGGUUGGGAUGGCUUUUUCCCGCCAGCUGUUGCCCAGACCAAGCACGAGGUGCCCAUUAUGCGUCGCGUGGUCUGGGUCGAGAUUGCCAAAGAUAUUUGCCCGUUGCCCCUGUUGACAAGCUUCCCAGGAGGAUCCUUUCCAGCACGGCGGCCAGCUGAGCUGAAUGGCAUUUUGACACACACUAAUUCGCCACGUCGCGCUUUAAAACUGCAGUGGCAAUUCGGUGCCCACUUUCAGGAGCGAAUCAGAAGUCGGAGUGCGUGCGACAAUGCUUGUUUCGUGCCCUGGGAACCGCCAAAAAACGGUAUCUAA